CACAACACGUCAUUUUUUAAAUAAAAUAAAUAAAUAAUUAUUAAAACGAAAUGUAUUGUAUAUGUAUGUAUCUCACUAAGACCAGCUAAAUGUAAACAUUAGAUCUUACAUCUCACUCGCACAAUUUUUACGAGAAACAGAGACACAACACAGCUUAUGCGCAUGAUCAACUUAAUUGGAGGUCGACUAGAACACAGUGAGCCUGGCACUUUUCGUGCAUAUUUCUCUGAGAUUUUUAAAGCGCUUUCUACACAGAGUUCGGUCUCCUUACUCUUCCUUCCUGCUGGGAGCGUAUAAUGAAAGAAGGAAUAAAGGAAGAUCCGCUAAAUAAAAUCUUGGACAAAUACCCUCGCGAAGGUUCUUUUAGAACCGAAGCACCGAAGGUUAACCCAGAACUUUCGCCUGCCUUAACGGAAAUAGCUGUAAAAAGGGAUAAACAUUUUUCCCUGACACAAAAAUGUGUCGGUUCAGCCUUAAUAUCUCUCGGUUCUGCGAUUUCAAUGAUUCUGGAUGACUCAAACGAAGGAACAGAUCGCUUAGUUUUGAUUGAGCGUUCGGGCGACACAGGUCGCCCCCUAGCUAACAUAUUUCAUCAGCAGACAGUUUGCCGUAAAUCCUUUAUCACCCCUCUCAUGAAUAAAACCAUGAAGCCCAUACUCGAGGCAACCGUCGCGGACGAGUGGCUUUACGGCAAGUCCUUGUCGGAUCAGGUAAAAGAAGCUCAGCAAAUUGCAAAAGCAUGCGGAAAAAUUAAAGCUCCGGAAAAAUCUAUCGCCAAAAAACCAUCCACCAGCAGUCAGGGAAACUGGAAGGGCUUUUCUGCGCAGACCCAGCAGAGGAGCAAUUUCCAACGGGUCCACUGGAAAUCGCAACCGUAUUCGAAACCGAGAACAUACAAUUCGCAGAAUCGAGGCCCUCAACUAACACAGAGUCGUCCAAAGCAGAAUCACCAAUUACCCAAGAAGAAAUAGUGGAGGAAUCUCACCCACCCGCUUGCGAGGAAUUUGACGUUAAUAGCAGCCAAAUUAUGCGGGAAGCCUUCUUGAAAAGGGGAAUACCAGAGAAAUCGCUUGACCUGUUUCUGUCAUCUCUAUCAGAGUCAACGCAAAAACAAUACUCAGCACCGUUGAGAGAAUGGGCAACUUUUACAAAAUCAAAUAAUAUCGACAUAUUUCAAACAGAAAUAAAGGAUAUAAUAAAAUUUCUUACAGUAAAAUUUCGAAACGAAGCAAAAUACGGCACGUUAAACUCGGCUCGUUCAGCGAUUUCUCUAAUAUCGGAAACACAGAUUU